CAAGAAGCAUUGAUAUUGAUGAACAGAUGUUUUGAUAUCGCCGAAGAUGUCCUCUUCCACGCCUAUAAUGCGAUGCUUCUGUGCUUCAGCUGUUCGUUUGGCGGAAGCCAACGUAGCAUCUAUGCAUCAAUGCAAACCGACGCCACCGAGGAGGAUCCCGUUUCCUCGAGCGCUCUGUAUGGCACUGCCUUUACUAUGGUGGUUAUUUAUGUGACGACCAACAUCUACCCAUAAGUCUUCAGCUGCGUCGCACCGCCCUUCGAGCGGGUCUCCUCACAACUUUUCCUUAUUCACGUUCGAUAUGAGAGCGAGCAUUCUAACUGGUGUCAUCAUGCCAGUGUAUGCUUUAGCAUAUGCUGUGGAGUAUGUAACCGCCAUGCCUCCAGUUCCAAGACAAAAUCUUGGAGAUUUCGCAAGUGCACAACAGUAUCUCACCGCUUGCGCGGACUCCUGUACCGAUGACAUCCAGUCCAGAUACCAGAGAGCACGCCUAGAUGUCAAUCCCGAUGACCAAUACUGCAACAACUUCGGAAACACCCCAGGGGAUGGUGCAUGCUACUGUGGCAACUACCUUGAUGACAGUCGUAGUGUAUUGUCUCUCUCAUCCUGCAUAGCGAACACAUGCACCCAAAUCUCGGAAGACGUUGUCGAUGUCACGGGCGAGUUCAUACCUGUGAUGACUGCUCAGCUCAACCUGCUGUGCCCUAACAGCGUCAACCAGUUUUCGCAUACCUUUGAUGUGCAGCCUCCGUCUACAAACAGCUUUAGCGUCACCACCACUACAAUGAGCUCUACUUCGAAAUCCACCUCGAGAUUGAGUUCGAGUUCUGCCAUGCCUAGCCUAUCUAGUUCUUCUACUGCAUCGUCCACGUUCAAAUCUACAUCCACGUUCACGUCUGCAUCCUCGACUGCGACUGGGACACCCACUUCUUCAUCGGACUCGGCACCCAAGGUGCUCGUCCUCAUGGAUUCAGUUUACCUCACUACCACACUCUGUGGUGUGAUCAUGGCUGUUACAGCGUACAUGCUUUAAGCUCCCCGAUAUCAGCGCAGCUCGGUAAUUAAAUUUUGCAUUGUCCUUAGUGGCAAAAACGUUGUGUGGUUUUUGUUUUUACGAAGUGAA